GUAUGGUGCGCCGCGGAUGGAUACGUCGGCACAGAAACGCAUGUGUAUAAAGAUUCCGGUCUUUUAAAAGGAAGUCCCUUUCAUUCUCCCUGCGUCUGAGAGCAGAAGGGACGACACUUUGGUUGCAUUAUAUUCAAGAGAAAAAAAACCGAAAUUAACAAGAUGCCUGAAGAAAUGCACCAAGAGGAGGAGACUGAGACCUUUGCCUUCCAGGCAGAGAUUGCUCAGUUGAUGUCCCUGAUCAUCAACACCUUUUAUUCCAACAAAGAGAUCUUCCUGAGGGAGUUGAUCUCCAACUCUUCUGACGCUCUGGACAAAAUUCGUUAUGAAAGCCUGACAGACCCCUCCAAGCUGGACAGCGGCAAAGAUCUGAAAAUUGAGAUCAUCCCCAACAAAGAGGAGCAAACCUUGACACUCAUUGACACCGGAAUCGGCAUGACCAAGGCUGACCUGAUUAACAACCUGGGUACCAUCGCCAAAUCUGGAACCAAGGCCUUCAUGGAGGCCCUGCAGGCUGGAGCUGAUAUCUCCAUGAUUGGUCAGUUUGGUGUGGGCUUCUACUCUGCCUAUCUUGUUGCCGAGAGAGUUGUUGUCAUCACCAAGCACAACGACGAUGAGCAGUACGCCUGGGAGUCGUCCGCUGGCGGUUCCUUCACCGUCAGGGUUGACAAUGGUGAGCCAAUUGGCCGUGGAACAAAGAUUAUCCUGUACUUGAAGGAAGACCAGACAGAGUACAUUGAGGAGAAGAGAGUCAAGGAGAUUGUCAAGAAGCACUCUCAGUUCAUUGGCUAUCCCAUCACCCUGUUUGUGGAGAAGGAACGCGACAAGGAAAUCAGUGACGACGAGGCAGAGGAGGAAAAGGCAGAGAAAGAAGAAAAGGAAGAAGGCGAGGAUGACAAGCCAAAGAUUGAAGAUGUUGGCUCAGAUGACGAGGACACCAAGGACAAGAAGAAGAAAAAGAAGAUCAAGGAGAAGUACAUCGAUCAGGAGGAGCUGAACAAGACGAAGCCCAUCUGGACCAGGAACCCAGACGACAUCACAAACGAAGAGUAUGGAGAGUUCUACAAGAGUCUGACCAACGACUGGGAGGAUCACCUGGCCGUCAAGCACUUUUCAGUGGAAGGCCAGCUGGAGUUCAGGGCUCUGCUUUUCAUUCCCCGCCGUGCACCUUUUGACCUGUUCGAGAACAAGAAAAAGAAGAAUAACAUCAAACUGUACGUCAGGAGAGUCUUCAUCAUGGACAACUGUGAAGAACUCAUCCCAGAGUAUCUGAACUUUGUUCGUGGUGUUGUGGACUCCGAGGAUCUGCCCCUCAACAUUUCAAGAGAAAUGCUGCAGCAGAGCAAGAUCCUCAAGGUCAUUCGCAAGAACAUCGUCAAGAAGUGUCUGGAGCUUUUCGCCGAACUGGCCGAGGACAAGGAAAACUACAAGAAGUUCUACGAAGCUUUCUCCAAGAACAUCAAGCUGGGCAUCCAUGAGGACUCUCAAAACCGCAAGAAGCUUUCUGAGCUGCUGCGCUACAACAGCUCCCAGUCCGGGGAUGAGGCCACUUCCCUCACAGAGUACCUGACCCGAAUGAAGGAGAACCAGAAAUCGAUCUACUACAUCACUGGUGAGAGCAAGGAUCAGGUGGCCAACUCUGCCUUUGUGGAACGUGUCCGCAAGCGUGGGUUCGAGGUUCUGUACAUGACCGAGCCCAUCGACGAGUACUGCGUCCAGCAGUUGAAAGAGUUCGAUGGCAAGACCCUGGUUUCUGUCACCAAAGAAGGCCUGGAACUGCCGGAGGAUGAGGAGGAGAAGAAAAAGAUGGAAGAGGACAAGGCAAAGUUCGAGAGCCUCUGCAAGGUCAUGAAGGAGAUCCUGGACAAGAAAGUGGAGAAGGUGACCGUGUCCAACAGACUGGUGUCCUCGCCGUGCUGCAUUGUGACCAGCACUUACGGCUGGACGGCCAACAUGGAGAGGAUCAUGAAGGCCCAGGCACUCAGGGACAACUCCACCAUGGGCUACAUGAUGGCCAAGAAGCACCUGGAGAUCAACCCUGACCACCCCAUCGUGGAUACUCUCAGACAGAAAGCCGAGGCCGACAAGAACGACAAGGCCGUGAAGGACCUGGUCAUCCUGCUGUUCGAGACCGCCCUGCUGUCCUCAGGUUUCUCCCUGGACGACCCACAGACCCACUCCAACCGCAUCUACAGAAUGAUCAAACUCGGCCUUGGAAUUGACGAUGACGACGGUCCCACAGAGGAGGCCACCUCCACAUCCGUCCCAGAUGAGAUUCCCCCCCUAGAAGGAGAGGGUGAAGAUGAUGCUUCACGCAUGGAGGAAGUUGAUUAAAUCCAUCCCAUCCCGUUCAGAUUUCUAACACUUUAGCCUCACUUUCCAAUUGUUCAUCCUUCAAAACUGCAGUAACUGCAACAAUUAGUCAUUCAUGUUGUGUGGUUGACCAGUGUUGCUCUUGUAUAAAGAGCCGUUUCACUGCGAAACCUUUUUAAAAAAAGGAAAAAAAAAGUAAGUUUUGAUUUUUGCUGUAAAAUUCAUGGUGACAGCACAUCUGUUUUAACAAGUACCCUGUUGCACUGAGUAUAUUGUGAACAUGGGAAUGGUACAUUCCAUUGUUGGGUUUUGCUCUGGAGGUUUUUGGGGAGGUGCUGUUCAUGUGCAACACCGCACGCUGCAUGGAGAGGACUGUAUGAUUCCUUUGCCUGAGUCCAGGCUUGUCUGUAUUCCGAGUUUUGUUUUGCAAAAAAUUAAAGAUGUAAUACCUCA